AUGACGGACAAUGAAGUUGAUAGGUUCAGCAAGUUGCCUGAUGACAUUUUGCUCAACAUUGUCGAGCGACUUGAUAUCACCGACGUCGCAAGAACCACCAUCCUAUCCAGGCGCUGGAAGCAGAUCCCUGCCAUGCUCUCAAAAAUUAUCAUAACGGUCGGUUCUUUUGAGCCCAAGCACGGAAGAGGGACAAAAUUAACCUCACAUGAUAUAGCUCGGGCCAACACCACCGUGCUAGAAGCAACCAGGAGCAUACUGGAAAGCAGGACCAGAAGGCUAUACACCAUUCACCUAAUGUCCAUGCAAUUCUAUCUGGGAGAUGACUCCAUCUUCAUUGGCCAGACUGUUGCCAACACCAUAGCAACACAAAAAGUUGCUUCGGUUGAGUUCGUAAUCUUAACCGAAGUGCGUACCAAUUGUUACGUUGAUGACCUGCUCAGUUAUGGGAAGCGGUUCAUGGUAUUCUUUGAUUCAUGUCCAAACGCAUUUGGUGGUCUUGCACGCCUCUGGCUAGAGAAUUUGAGGUUAGGCGAAUCAGACUUCCCCAAAAUUUUCAGUAUAUGCAAGCAACUAGAGUUCUUGCGCCUCUAG